AUGAGAAUCGCAACGUCAACUCCUAUGGGGGAGCCACUUGGCUCGGGAUCAUUUGGUACAGUAUACAAGCUUAGAGGUCUUCCCAUCGCCCGCAAAUACAUAACACUCACUGAACCUCGUAACGGCUUACCACCUGAGGCUAUACGGGAAAUCGCUUGUCUGCAGCGGUUGAAGAAAUUUGACUCGCGCGCUAGAGUCAACUGCAUUGACAUUCUCGGCAUCCACAUAUCGAGAACGGCCAUAAUGAUUGACAUGGAGCUCAUGACUGGCGGAACUCUUGGCGACCUUUUGGACAACUCACAGCUACAGCCCGCGCUUCUCCUAUCCUACUCUGUACAGAUGGUGAAGGGCCUCAGUUUCCUUCACGGCGUUAGUAUUAUCCAUCGAGAUGUCACACCAGGCAAUAUUUUGAUUUCAUCAUCGAACUGUCUGAAAAUUGCCGACUUUGGUCUUUCUCAUCUCAUGAGCGGCAUCGAACCGCGAACACCACUAGUAUGUUCAUUGUACUAUAGAGCUCCCGAGCUUCUCCGAGUCAAUGCGUUCGUCGGAGAUACUCGUAGCUUGGUAUAUACCUGCGCUGUUGAUAACUGGUCUGUUGGCUGCAUCCUUCGAGAGAUGAUCAUCGGACAGGGUCCGGAGUUCAGACCGGCGAGGCCGACUUUUUCGCCCACUACUAGUGCCAUUGAACAGCUAGAUGCGAUUAUUAGGUACGAGCUAUGGAAUACUGUUAUACGUGCCGAUACUAAGUGGCCAUAG